AUGUUCAAGGCAUGCCCUGCUUACUGGAAGGUGUUGGCUGGCCUUCAGUGCAGGUGGGACGAGUCGUUCUCAACGAUUCCUCUCCUCCUCCACAGCUCCAUCAUCGGUAACAACCCUCAGACUCGAUUGCCCAGGAUGCCUCUGCGCUACCGCAACCCUGAUCAACGGGUCGAAUGCCCAGAGAUCCUACGGCCGUUCCUGGUCUCCCCGCUUGCGGGCUCGAACUUCAACUUGUGCAGGAUCAGCUUCAAGCAGAUGAUGGCGAUGACGAGCUCGGAGCUAGAGUCGGCGAUCAACGCUGCCAUGGAGCAUCGAGUCUUCCUGAUUAUGGAGGGAGCGUUCGAGGUCCUCAAGACGAACAUGGACAAAUGGCUUUCUGACCGUUCAUCGUUUGUCGCGCAACUGUCGGGGAGAGACCGCAAGGGCGAGCUCUGCACUGAGCUGGGAAGCUACCUCAGCGCGAUGAGGUCCUAUGAGAAGGGACUAUCUAACUUCGAAUGUGCAUGGAGUGGGGCUCUCGGGACGUUCACUUGCAAGAACAUAAUGUUAUAUCAAGACGACAUGCUGUUUCUCAACACUCACGAUGUUUUCUCCAAGUUCUUGCCUUGGGGGAGGGCAAGCCUGCUGCGGGACAGUCUGGACAGCGAGCAGUCCAUGCAGUACGGUCCAUACCUGUUUGGCGGGGACAAGAUGAGAGGAAGUUGUGAAGCAGCAGCGAAGGACGCGUUGAGUAACCAAGAAUGUCAGUUCGAGCCUCUGAUGUCUAAGAGGAGAGUCCGAUACCGGGGAGACAAGAAGGACGGGCUGGGAGGGAGCACGAUGCAUCUUGAUGGGAUGGGCUCGCUGGUCGCUAUUGGCGGCCUCAAGUGCGGCAAGAAACUUGUUACUGCAGUCGAGGCGUGCGACGCCUCGUUGGCGCUCAAGAUUGCAGGCUUCAAGUCCUACGCAAAGCCAGGAGGGUCCAGCUUCCUCACCAACGAUCCUGUCGAUCGAUCCUUCAGCGGUGAAGAGGAAUCCUGCUCACUCAAGGACCUGUGGACAAUGUCGCACGUGCGAUGGGGAACUUUUGAGAUCAGCGCAGGCGACGCUUACGUCAUCCCAGCUGGCAUGCCGCAUGAGUUUCUCAACCAAGAGCCCUCGCUGAGCAUCGCAUGGAACAUACUGCCUUCCUGCGAGCAGAGCUCUGCCAGCGAGCCAUGGCAUUUCCUCCUCCUCCUCCAAGCUCUUCAUGACGUUGAGACUGAUUUCUCGGGUUCUCCCGAUAGGAUGAUGAGCGCCAUCGAUCACGCCCCGAUUCCUCUACUCGUCGCCAACGUCUUCCCCGACCUGGUCAGCGUCGAGAAUCCCAUGCACUGCGCCUCCUGUGCAUGCAAGCACAGGGAGAUGAUCAAAGAGCUGAAGGGAUCAGCUGGAAGGACCAGCAUCUGCAAGCAAGAGUCUCCUCGAGGUAGGAGCGAGUUCAAUUCCUCCUGCUGGGAGUGCACCACCAUGAGCCCCUCCAAGAGGCCGAGCAAUCCUUCCAACGCCUCGAAGAGCAAGGGUGAACAAGCGAGAGCACCCUGUAAGUCGUUUGCCCUCCCUCGACAUACUGCCCCGCUCUUCGUCGGCACCGUUGACCCGAUAAGAAGUCCGCCAACCUUGCUGGGGCUGCAGUUGAUCGACGCCCUGCAGCGAUUCGGAGCGCCUGAUGCACUUCCUCAUGGCGUCGACCUGCUGAUGCGGCAGGCUCCAAACAAUCACGUAUACUGGAUGCUCUUCGAGGAGGAGGAUCCGCAUUUUUACGCGAGGUUCAGAAGCAUGGCCGGACUCAGGACAGCCGUGUCCUCGAUGCUGCAGGGCAGAGUCAAGGGGAGAGGUCAGGCGAUCUCUAUGGAGCUGAUCAAGGAUAAGAAUGUCGUUGAACGAUGUAAAGGACCUCUCAAACAAGUUCGGACCGUCAAGUCGCUCCUCGCCCUCCUGGCCAACAGCAAGAAAGGUGUUACAAGCCAGAAGCCGAGGAAGUCGAGCGGAGGCCAGGAAACUCUGUCGCUUCCGACAGUAGCAGAUGCUCGGAAGGAGUUGGACUCUGAUUGCAAGCAAGGACAGGAGCUCCAUGGUGAAUCACCGGAGAAGGGGUUCCGUGAGCAGCAGAAGACUGACAGUAGGAAGCGAAGCAGAGCUGCGAGCUGCGAACCGAACGGGGCAGGAACAGAACUCGAACUCGUACCUUCACCCCCCUCUGUUUCUCCUGGUUGUACGCCAACGAGUCGAUUGGAGACUGGCUCGGCACACUCGCCGUGCUCUCGCGCGCACCCUCCUUCUUCGGGGAUUCAAACAGGAAGGGAGAGGAGAAGGAUGGAGCGGGCUUUGCGGGCUCAGGCGACUGAUCAGCACGGAGACAAGGUGGAAGGACAAGUUCAGGUAACGGACAGUGAUAAGGACUUGUUGGCAUCCCCUCUUUCUUCAAGCCCGCCUCAGCCUAGCGAGGAGACUCUCGUAGGAGGAGAGGGAGUGAGCAUUCACGGAAUCGCCCAUAGCAGGGAGGAGGCAGAGAGUUCCUACCCUCCAAGCAUAGAAGCCUCUUGCUCCCCACCGCCACACUUCGAGGAGCAGGUAAGGUCCACAUGCGGCCCUCUCGACAGAAUGUGCGUUAGUGAUGGUGAGCUGGACGUUAGCACGAGGCUCAAACAGUUCGUCGACAACUUGAGCAUGGGUGACUUUAUCGUCCUCAAGCAACAUGUGCAGAAGCGAGCUGCCGAGCUCUACCGUCAGACGACCUUGGAAGAGCAGCAGUGCCGAUCUCCUUCAGGAUAG